GAAAAAAAACCGGACGAACCGGAUGUAACAUUGGUUUGGUUUAGUGGUGAGUCGUAUAGUUGAUGUUGGAGAAGCUGAAACCCCAGAAAACCCUCUCCGGCGGCCGUCGUAUUUUCUCUUUGCUUCCUUCUCUCAAUCUCACAUCUUCUUUCUUUCAGAAACCCAAACUUCUGGAUUCUGGAUUCUGGAUUCAUUCCCUUUCGCAUUGCUUCAAUCCGAAGUGUUAUGGCUAUGAUGAGAUCCGCCUCCGCGGUUGCUCUUCGUGGCCUCAGGAGGUUCUCUUCCCGAAGGCCAGUUUCUUCUCCAAUCAAUCAGGCACUGGAACUACCCACCUCCGUUUCUGAUCCAAUGGCUGGGGUAGAGGGUCGGACGUUCCGUGAACGAAUGACAAAUUACAUGGCUACUCUUGACAUCAAUUCACAAAUUGGAAGCUGCAUGCCUCUUGGUUUAAUGCGCAUUGGUACGAUUAUCCACAAUAUCGAGAUAAACCCAGGCCAAGGCGGGAAGCUGGUGCGAUCAGCAGGAACAUCUGCAAGGAUAUUAAAACUGCCAGAGGGAAAGUCAAGAUGCUGCUUGGUGAAACUCCCUUCACGUGAAGAGAAGUUAAUUGAUGCUAAGUGCAGGGCAACAAUUGGUCAGGUAUCUAACCCGGGUCAUGGAACCAAGAAACUGAGGAAGGCAGGGCAGAGCCGAUGGUUGGGUCGACGACCGAAGGUUCGAGGAGUGGCGAUGAACCCGGUGGAUCAUCCUCAUGGAGGAGGUGAGGGUAAGAGCAAGAGUAGUGGGAGCCAUGGAAGGGGGUCUCGGACACCUUGGGGUAAGCCAACCAAGUGUGGGUACAAGACUCGAUCUGCCAAGCGCAAAAGACCAGUGUAAGCAAACUCAUCAUCUUUCCUUUUUAAAUCUAUUUUCUGGAGGAUGGUUUUGAACUCUUUUGAGCCUUUUGAUCGAAUUGAACCCUACACUUUCAUCAUCAAACUAAUAUUUGGAGGAAAUUGAUGUAGAAUUUUGACCCUUUUUUUGGCCAAAUAAUUAGUUGUGGAGGAGAGAGAUAUGAUAGAUGGUAGUAUGUUAUAUUAACGGUUGAGCCUCUGACUUGAGCUCUUUUGUAGUUACUCUUUCACUACUGGUUUCCACAUCAAAUCAAUAGUAAUUGACAAAAACCAUUUGUAUUUUCUUGAAGUCAA